CAGUGUCAAUGUCAAAGUCGCUCACUCGGCUCACUGUCAUGUUCAUGUUAUUUCGUAAAUAAAUUCGUAAUCUCAAAUCUCGGGUUAAAAUUAAUCAUGAAAACAACAAAAACAUACGUUAAUCGUCAUUUGUUUUAGUCUAGACAAACGUGCAAAAUUAUAUUUGUCAUUCAUAAAAUAAUGAACUCAGUUCUAAAAUUAUAACCUCAGGGCGGAGCAAUAAACAAGAUUGAGAUAAGAUUUUACUGUUUAUUUAGUUUAGUGUGUUCGUUGAUUUGGUCGUGAUACAUAGUAGAGCAGUAGCGAUUUAGCUAUUGCUAUUGCAAUUUACAAAGAUGGUUCAUGGAGAGACAGACCUCUUUCGUGACACCAAAGUGCGGUAUUUGGGGUACGCAAACGAGGUGGGGGAGACGAUCCGCUCCUUUGUGUCCAAGAAGGUAGUCCGUGCCAGCUACGCAGUCGCCACCGGGUAUGUGAUCUGCGAUACUGUGGACAAGAGCAUCAAAAUGAUGAGACACGACGGGCGGCUGUGGAAGGUGGCGGCGGCGACGGGCGACGCGCUCAUCUGGCAGGGGCUCGCCUCCAUCGUCAUACCGGGGUUCGCCGUCAACAGAAUAUGCUUCCACACAUUCCGCUACUUGAAGAAGACAUCGUAUAACGGUACGAAGAUGCAGCACGCUAUAACCACAGGGGUGGGUCUGGGCUCCAUACCCAUCAUCAUCACACCCAUAGACCGAGGAGUUGACUUCCUCAUGAACAUAAGCUAUAGGCUCGUCUUUGGAACAUAGCUUUUCUAUGGUAACGAAGCGCGCGGUUCACAGAGCAGAAACAGCUGAAAGUUGCUCUGUGGCGAGGAAUUAUGAUCUUUUACCGCGAGGAAGUUAUUGUUUUGGGGUGGUAAGUGUUUUUUUUUUUAUAAUUCAGUAUUAAUGUGUAUGUUUACGGUUCUUUCGAGCCUAGAGAAAGAGAAUAGUGAUAUGAUUAUAGUAGCUUUAAGCAUGCAAUAAUUGUAGUAAAUCUAUUUUAUAUUAUUUAAUAUUGUAGAAAAAUAUUUUUACUUUUGUAUACAUUAAUAUAAUUUAUGUUUAACAUAAAGACAAAUAUAUAUAGCAGAAUACAUUAUUGAUGUAGUAGCCACAAUCUAGAGGUAUUUUAUAGACAGAAUGGCUUUCGAAGACCUACUUUUAGAAGUAUCUAAUACUGAAUGAAUACCUACACGAAUAAUACUCUCACGAACAUUAUGAGAUCAAUUUAUUCAUUUAGUCAAUUUAAGAAUAAUGUGAUUUGUUAUAUUUAAUAUAGUGUAAAGUACAAAAUUUAUAAUAGUUUUUUAAUUCAACGUUCUGCUUACAUGAUAUAGUUCAGAAUGGGAUAGUAAUAUAGCAAUAUCGAAUAACACUCGUAAACUAGAAUAAUAUAUAGGCUGUGACAAUGUACAUUCACUUUCAUCAGAUAAAAAUAAAGAAAUUAUAAUGACAUGUUAA